AAUAAUUAUCCUAUCGCUUUCAAAACAUCAAAGAAACCCCUUAAUCAUUCAUUAGUCAUUUAUUUCUUACUCUAUAUAUAAAAACACAUUAUAGUCUAAAAGCACCAAGUUCUCUAUCUCGAUACUCACCGACACAACAGUUUUAUUGUAUCAAUGGAAGAAGUUAAUAAGCCUGUGAAUUUCAUUACCGUUCUUAGCAUUGAUGGCGGAGGAGUAAGAGGAAUCAUUCCUGGUGUUAUUCUUGCCUAUCUUGAAUCUCAACUUCAGGAGAUAGAUGGUGCUGAUGCAAGACUUGCAGAUUACUUUGAUGUAAUUGCUGGAACAAGUACAGGUGGUCUCAUUACAGCCAUGUUAACAACUCCAAAUCCAAAGAACAAUAACCGUCCAUUAUUUGCUGCCAGAGAAAUCGUUCCAUUUUACCUUAAAAACUUGCCACUUAUAUUUCCACAAAAAAGUGGAAUAUUUGCGCCUAUCAUGAACAUAGCGAAAGCUUUAACAGGACCUAAGUACAAUGGAAAGUAUCUCCAUAAUACAAUAAGAGAGCUGACAGGGAACACGCUUUUGAGCCAAACUGUGACAAACAUUGUUAUUCCAUCUUUUGAUGUUGAGAAACUUCAACCUACCAUUUUUUCCUCCUAUCAGAUCGAUGCUGAGCCAGCUUUAGAUGUAAAACUGUCUGAUAUUUGCAUAGCUACAUCAGCUGCUCCAACUUAUUUACCAGCUCACUAUUUUGAGAAGAAAGAUGAACAAGGAAGAGUCAUUCAAGAAUAUAACCUCAUCGAUGGCGGUGUUUGUGCUAACAAUCCGACUAUGGUUGCAAUAAGAGAAGUGAUAAAAGAUAUGAUAAGGAAACCACAAGGGAGAAAUGGGAAUAAUGUUGGUAUAGGGUAUGAUCGUUUUCUUGUGAUAUCAAUUGGGACAGGAUCAAACACGAGUGAGAGAAAAUAUAACGCUAAAACGGUAGCAAAAUGGGGUGCAUUGACAUGGUUAUUCAACUCUGGUGCAACUCCAGUUCUUGAUUGUUUCAAUGAAGCAAGCACUGAUAUGGUUGAUUAUCAUAACUCUGUCCUUCUUUCUGCUCUUCAAUCUCAAGACAACUACCUCCGAAUUCAAGAUGAUACAUUAGAGGGAGAGUUAGCUUCUGUGGAUAUAUCUACUACAGAUAAUCUGAAUAAUCUGGUGAAAGCUGGUGAGAAUUUAUUGAAGAAAAAGUUUACUAGAGUGAAUCUAGAUUCUGGCAUAUAUGAAACAGUUCCAGAUAAAGGAACCAUUCAGGAAGAACUCAAAAGGUUUGCUAAUAAACUCUCAGAUAUAAGAAAAGAGAAAGAGUUCAAGCAUAAAAAUGGCAAAUGAAUGAGUGAUCACUAGAUUGAAUAUCUCCAUUGCUGAAGCUCUAUAUUUUAUUACAUUUGCUUAAAUCAAUAAUUCCGGUAGCAUUAUAUCAGAUGGAAGUGUGCAACAUUUUCUAAUACUUUAGUUGUGCGUAAAAUGAUUGUUUUUCAUUUUCUUAGUUCAGAAGAAUUUUAAAAUUUCUUAUAAUGAUGUGUUACUU